AUGUCGCCGCCUCUCGAGCUCGACUACAUAGGCCUCUCGGCCGCCGCCGGCGGCCGCGCGGACGACGACCUGAAAGGCACCGAGCUCCGCCUCGGACUUCCCGGCUGCGAGUCGCCCGACCGCCGCCCGGUCACCGCCACCACCACACUGGAGCUGCUGCCCGCCAAGGGCGCCAAGCGAGGGUUUUCGGACGAGGUCGCGCCGCCUGCGCCGGCUUCCGCCGGCGGGAAAGGCAAGGACGCGUCCGGGGAUGAGAAGGACAAGAAGGUCGCCGCCCCGCCGCAGCCUGCUGCCAAGACUCAGGUGGUGGGAUGGCCACCAGUACGCAGCUACCGCAAGAACACGAUGGCAACCACCACCAACCAGCUGAAGAGCAGCAAGGAGGAUUCUGACACGAAGCAGGGGCAAGAGUUUCUGUAUGUCAAGGUCAGCAUGGAUGGUGCGCCUUACCUGAGGAAGGUUGACCUCAAGACAUACAAGAACUACAAGGACAUGGUUGUGGGGCUAGGGAAAAUGUUCAUUGGCUUCAGGACCGGGAAGGAUGGUGCAUCUGAGAACAGAAAGGAUGGUGAAUAUGUGAUGACUUACGAAGACAAGGAUGGAGACUGGAUGCUGGUUGGUGACGUCCCAUGGGAGAUGUUCACCGAGUCUUGCCGGAGGAUCAGGGUCAUGAAAAGUGCAGAUGUGAUUGGACUUGGAGUUACAAGGGCAGGGGUUAAGUCCAAGAAUAAGAACUAA